AGCAGCACUUCAGCUGAGCAGCCAGAACAGGUUUGUGCAGUCCACCAGCUCCUCAGGCCAAAGCCACGCAUACGGACACACACACACGGACACACACACACACACACAAACAGAUGCAGCAUGGUAUGGUGGUUCCUUGUGUUUGUAUCUCCUCAGAGUUUCACAGCAUUGGGGACUUACUAAGCCUCAGUCACCUCUCUGAAGCACCAGCACAAAGAGUCUCUCUCAGGGCCUGUCAGUCAUCCAGCUAAUGUUGCUAUGACCACGUGCUGAGUGGGUCCUAGCGUUUCAUUCCCCCCAACCAUCACCAUUAUACUCAGGCAUGUCUGUGGACGCCUUAGGACACUCCCCGAGGAGGAUGGCGAAGCCCCCUCCACCUCCUGUGCCACCGAAGCGCUACCUGCUCAAGGACCCCCUCAAGAACCCGGUCAAGGAACCCCUCAAGGACCCGGUCAAGGAACCCCUCAAGGACCCGGUCAAGGAACCCCUCAAGGAACCCCUCAAGGAACCCCUCAAGGAACCCCUCAAGGACCCGGUCAAGGAACCCCUCGAGGACCCGUUCAAGGACCCCCUCCAGGAUCUCUUCCUGCGGCCCUCCGCCUCCCCAGAUGGGCGAAAACAGAGCGCCGUGGAACGCCUGGCCGCUGACAAGGGCAAAUAUGUCAAGAGCCAACCGAUAGCGCUGUCCAAAACGCCACAAAUCACAGCUGUACGCAAACAGCGGGUCCCGCACAGUGCAAGCAGUUCUGGCCAAUCAAUACCCAGCCCACAGCGGCCCAUGAGGAAGACUGCACCCGCACCUAGACCUUAUUCUGAGGGACCCCUCCUGGACCUGGAUCACCUGACUAACCUGAUCAAUGGGAUGAGCGAGACCCCCGCAGCCCCAGCCUCUCAGACGGCUGCCUCGUCCUCAUCGCAGAGCAGCGCAGGCGGCGAGGGAGAUGACGACUGCAGCGAGCGCUCUACUCCCACUUCUGCCCUCUCUGCCCUAGAUGAAAAACUGCCCCCUGCUUCAUCUGCCUCUUCGAGCUCCUCUGCCCAGCUGUCCCCUGCCUCGCCCGCCCUUUCCGGCCGGCUCCGGUCGGACUCCUCGGGGUCACAGGGGUCUCCCGCAGUAACGGUGCGGAGGGUGGAUGUCAGGCCGCAGGUGGCAGCGGUGAGGAAACCGGCGCGGGCUCCUCUGCGGAGCCGCAUGCCUGGGCAGAUGCAGAUGGCCACACAUGCGCAGAUGAUGCAGCAGCAGCAGGCGCAUGCACAUGCGCAGUCGCAGGCACAACUCAUGUACCUCCUGAAAGCGCAGAUGGCCUCCAAAAAAGCCUCUUUACUUGCAAAAAAUGCCCCCUUAGCGCCCCCUGCUAAACUGCCCCAGAGCCCCCAAGCAAUGGCAGGGGUCACACCUGGGGUCAUCACCCCCACCCAGCCCUGCCUGCCCCCCCACCAAAACUCCAACGGCCCACUACAGCCAGCUUCAGUCACUCUUCAAGCCCCCUCAGCCACCCCCACUACUCUUCCUCAGUGCACCGCAUCUCCCACAGCCAAGCUGGCUGGACCGCCGACACCCAUUACCCCCUCCCCAUCCCUUCCCUCCCCAUCCCUUCCCUCCCCCCUGAGUGCUUUCUUCCAGGGGGGCGGCAGUUCUCCUGCCCCGUCCCCCUGCCCCUCCAUCACCCGCCUCUCCUCCACCAGCUCCCGCAAGCGCCCCUCCCUCGCCCGCUCCAAGUCCGACAUGAGCGACCGGUUCUCCCGUGCCGACGCUGACCUGGAGCGGUUCUUCAACUACUGCGGUUUGGACCCAGCCGACCUGGAGGAGCUGACUCAGCCCGGGUCCGACAUCGCCUCCGUCUCGAGGUUCCGGAGCGCCAGCGCGCCCGCCUCUGAGUGCUCCCAGGCCCCGGAGAAUGAGGAUGGCGACGAUGAGUCGCUGCGGGUUCAGUGCACUACCUACGGCAUCUCGGUCAUCGAACGGAACGCCAGGGUGAUUAAAUGGCUGUACGGCCUGCGCCAGGCAAGGGAUCCAGCCAGAGUCGCUAACAUCUAACCCUAGAGGUGGUCUCGCUCGAAGGGCAUGGCGCUUAUAGUCAACAUCUAACCCUAGAGGUGGUUUCGCUCGAGGGCAUGGCGCUUAUAGUCAACAUCUAACCCUACAGGUGGUCUCGCUCGAGGGCAUGUCGCUUAUAGUCACCCGCCAGAAAUUUCAGGCUCUGUUUCAGAAGCUAAUUUUGUCCGUCUGUCUACCAAAGUCAGUUUGUCAUUUAACCUGAGAGGCCAGAGUCCAACUGUACGCUUCUCCUCUCAAGGCUUCGUCUGUGAGACGUGUGAGAUUACAUGAAAGCUUUCUCACCGUUCCUCCUCAUACUGUCUUCUGUGACCAAACCUCUGCCCUCAUCAAGCAGAAGUACCUGUGGAGAGGUUAGUGUGUGAAACCUGGGGGUCCACCGGUUAUUUAUUGUCAUUUGAAGACUAGUGGAUAACUGAUGUGCUGCUGGAGUGGAGGGGCCAACAGGACGUCUUGUAACAAUGACUAGAAGGGGAAAGCUGUGGACUUUGGCAAGAGAUGAGUUGGACCAUUACCACUUCUUAAGCUAACGAUUUCAGAUGCAGUGAACAUUGGUGUAUGUUUGUAUUUGUUUAUGAGGUUUAUAAAGCCAAGUGAGUUUUUGUUAGUUCACAUACUCUCUUGGGUGCACAAAUCCCAUCUAGUUCCUUAUUGUUUUAAUGUGUGAUGUCUGCAUUUCAUUGUUGUCCAGAUCACAGAGCCUAGUCAGACACUUGUGAUGUAUUGAGUGAGGGUCAGAAACUUGUGCAGUCUGUGAUGAUUCCUUCAGGCUGAAUUAAUUCAGUCUUUUAAAGAAGUGCCACGUAAAGCUGAAAGAAAGUAGACUUGAAAUAAAAUAAAUGAAACCGA